CGCAUGCCCAGAAGAAUUUCCUCCAUUAUACUUUUCCUCACCAUUCUGUUGUGAGACUCCACCGGGGAAGGAUGUCAGCUGGGCCCCUCCCUUAUAAUACCUUUUUCCGUUGCCGGUUUUCCUUAUAGACCAACAGAAACCAGGACAGCCCUUAGAAACCAUCCCAAGCUUUUCAGUUCAGCCCAGGAGUGUAUGGAAAGCAGACCCUCGGAAUUACAAUGGGGAAGAUUAACAGAGGUUCCUUCGUGUCCACGCGGCGGCGGCUAGUCAAGGCGUCUGGCACAGGGGGCAAGAGGUCCCGUGCCGCCACCGUCACCACCGCCUCGCCCUCCACCAGCAAGAUCGCCCUGCCCCCGCCCCUGCCGCCUCCCUCCCAGUCCUUGGUCUUGGAUGAGGACUCGGGGUUCGGGGGUGACCAAUCCCUGGACUCAGAAUCGUCGCUGCUGUCGACUCCGGGCGUGGCCGGCCCCGGGGUGGUACUGCCGUCCCUCGCCAUGGUGCCUCAGGCGAAACUGUUGCUAGUCAGUUUGUUGCAAGGUGCUGGGGGCCUGCCAGGGUCGGGGACCAGCCAGAAUGCCUCGGCAAAUGUUGCGGUUGGGGCUUCUCCCCCCACAACGCAAGCGAGUGUCAGUAAUGGCACCAACCAAACAGGGAACACCCAUGGUGCAGUGAUGUCCAGAGGUGCAGAAAAGGAGAGUCAGGGCUCCCACAGUGUUCGGCCCAUGCUGGCUGCUGCACCCACAGAGUUGCCAGCAGCCAGCACCAGCUCUCCCUCCAACUACCCUACUGAGCCCGUGGCACUUGGGAGUGCAGGCCAUAAGGUGGUGGAGGGCCAGCUGGGCUUCAAGGGGCAGAGUCUACAGGUGGAUCUGAGUGGAGAGGAGGCCCAGGAGCUGCCCGCCUCCCGCACCGCCUCCACCGCCACACACACCGUGCCGCCCCUUGUGUCCUUCAGGGAUGUGUCACUGCUUUCUUCUCUUCAACAGUUCAAGGGGACCAAUAGCGGACCAAACCCUCCCCUUCUGCGGGUGGACGGUGCGGCCCAGACAUGCGGGUUGGGCAGUAAGGUGGUGCGUCCGGGAGUCCCACACAGCCCCCCGUCCCUCACCGCUCAGCUCUCGGCCCGGUCCUCCGAUGGCAGUAUUGAGCUGAAGUUGGUGACCCAGCCGGAGGAGCAGCACCGCGCCCGCUACCAGACAGAGGGCUCCCGGGGGGCCGUCAAGGAUCGCCCCGGCACAGGCCACCCCACUGUGAAGCUGGUGGGUUACCACAAGCCAACCACACUCCAAAUCUUCGUUGGGUCCGACACCGGCAAGUCCGGGCCUCACAUGUUCUACCAGGUGUGUCGCGUCAGCGGCAAGAACUCAACGCCUUGCCGGGAGCGACGUGUGGACGGCACCGUGCUGAUAGAGGCCGGCCUCCACCCUGACUCUGAGAUGACCAUGAGCUGUGACUGUGUGGGCAUCCUCAAGGAGCGCAACGUUGACGUGGAGCACCGGUUCAAGGCCGUCAUGUCCCGUGGCCGCAAGAAGAGCACCAAGUGUCGCCUGGUGUUCCGUACCUUCGUCACCCUCCCCAGCGGUGCCCAAGAGGUGCUGCAGGUCGUCUCUCAACCCAUCGCAUGCACUCAGCCGCCCGGUGUGCCCGAGAUAUGCCGGAAAUCCAUCAGCUCUUGCUCAGUGGCCGGCGGUGUGGAAAUGUUCAUCUUCGGCAAGAACUUCCUGAAGGACACGGUGGUAGUGUUCCAGCAAAACGGUGCCAAGGUUCAGCCCAUCUGGGAGGAGAAGGUGUUGCCAGACAAGGACUCUCUGCAGCCCAUCCACCUGAUUGUGGCGGUGCCCAAAUACUAUGACCAGUCUGUGAGAGAGGAAGUGACAGUGGAGAUGAUGGUGGUCUCUGGGGGCAAGAAGUCAGAGCCUCAGAUCUUCACCUACCUGCCUCUGCCCACCAAAGAGGAAGUGCAAGCAUCUGACACAUGGGAUGCCAAGCCCCUGCCCAAAGGAGUAUCACCAUGUGCAUUGCAGUUGAACCGACACUUUGCUGAGACGGGGACACUGCCGCAGCGCCUCCCUGAAGUGGCUGGACCCUCUGCCACCCUGCCGCCACCAGCCAAGAUGUCUCCAGCAGGAGUGGUGUCCACCCCAGUGGCCACCUCCCCGGUAAGAACCUCACGUGUCAUGCUGAGCUCAGCCAAGAAGAUUGUCGGGCGAGCCUCCCGCCUAGCAUCACGUGGUCCCAGGCAGUCUCCCCUCAUGGGAAGGUCACUGCGGGCUCCCAACACAGUCCAGGAGUCCCUUCCCAUCCCUCCGAGCUCCCCCGCCACCGAGAGUCAAGAGCCAAGAGUAAUAGAAACAGAUCUGCCAGUCAAGAUGCCAGCCAUGCAGGGAACAGUCUCGCUGGAGAGCCUGGUGGAGAUGCUGAAGGUGGUGCAGAAGUUCCCGGCCAAAUCCAACUUGUAUACAUCCGUCCUGCAGCUGGUGGAGCGGCUCAUCCAUUCCAUGAAGAAUAACAUUGGCCAUCAGUGUAAGACUGAAGUUGAGGAAGAGAUGGAAGCACCAGCCCAGCCUUCCUCGCCCAAGAUGGCAGCACCCAGCACCACACCUGGGCCUUACCUGCUUGGCAAAGGACAAAAGAUGAUUUCUGGAGCAGCAGCUCCUUCACACACUAACCAUGCUGCCACCUACCCACCAACCAACAUGGCUAUACCCAUGGCCACCCCAGUCAGCCUAUUUCCCCUCACAGUGUUCUCGGCCAUGCCUUCCACAGUUUCCUCGGGCCCUAGAGUGGCUCGUGUGGCCCCGGUGGCCCCUGUGGCCCCAACUACUGUGGUCUCCUCACCUGGCAUGACCCGUGCUGUGCGGGUGUGUGUGGCCGAGGCUCCACACUUGGAGGAGCCCCCCUUGAAAAAACAAAGGGAAGAUAUUGGGCUGUUACCAGACUAUGCCCUGCUGCGAAGCAACCAGUUCUCUACCGAACCUCUGAUGGCAUCUACUGCAGCCUCUACUCCUGCACCAGCCUCCUCCACAUUCAGUGUGGUAAAUCCACUGCUAUCACCCAAGGUGGUUGGCCAGUGUGCCUCACAGGAGGUGUUGGGUGAAGCUGCCCCACCCAUGGAUGCUUUGCAGACUCACAUGAGAAUACCUGACUCUCAGGAAGCCCUUGGUGAUGCAGCCGUACACAUGGCUCGCCCCCCUGUUCCUUCUCCUCCCCAGAACAUGUUCAGACCCAUGGGGCAGCCAGUGCUACAAACCAUAAGCCAGAGUGGGCCACAGCAGCAACAGCAAAAGCAGAAACAGCAGCAACAACAACAACAGCAACAACAACAGCAAUUGCAGCAGCAGCAGCAGCAGCAACAGCAGCAGCAACAGCAAUUGCAGCAGCAGCAGCAGCAACAUCAACAACUGCAGCAGCAGCCAAGUCAGGUUGUCAGGACCAGCCAGCCAUCAGCUAAUGCCUUGGCCCAGAUCACUCACCACCUGACCACCCAAGCAGUUGGGCAACACAGCACCCAGCCAGCACUGAGUGUACAGCAACCCGAAAUACACGUUCCAGUCUCAGACCCGCUGUUGUCCCAGGGGCCAGAGUUAUGUGGGGUGCUGGCUCCAUCCUCCACCAUGACCCAAGCCUCUGCCAACCAAGAGUCUGUGGCCUCCACCUCCUCUGCCCUCACUCGCUCUGACCCGCUGCUCUCCCAGUCCAGCCCCGUCACCUCCAUACAGAUGGAGGCCGUGGCGGCCAUCCCAGCCACCACCAGUGAAAUCAGCACCAGGGCUGCCCGGGGUGGGGACACCUUAAUGGUUCCCAACAGUGGCUCGCAGGUCUCCAUGCAGAGUGAAGUCACCUCGGCAAUCAACCUCUCGGAGACAGAGCUCCUGAACUACUUUGACCCAAACUGUUUUGACAAUGUAUGAACCCCGGGGCUGGGGACCCACUGAUGAGAACAUUUUUCGGCCCUGAUGAGGCCACUGAGAAGCUUUGGCUGAGGGGGAAGGGCGCAUCUCUGCUCCUUCCUCCAGGCUGCACAAAGACUCAUCCCUCGAGGCGAAGACACGGUGGCGGCGCCUGUUGUGCCAUGACUGGUGUGAGGCUGACACCAGAUCCCUUCGUGCCAGAAGCCAUGUGUUCUACUACUUGUAUAUUUUUAUAGGUGCUUUUUAGACCGUUAAUUUAUUAUUUUAUAGAUUUUUAUUUGUAUGUAAGCACUUGCAUAUUCGUGAAAGGAAAAGUUUAAGAAUAUCUUUGUACAGAAAUGUUAUUUGUGAUGUUAUGUUAUUGCCCAAAACUUGUUGUGGUUAGGUUGCUUUGACAAAGCAUUGGACAUUGCAAUUCUCACGUCUUAAUCUCACUCUACUGUAAACCGAGAUAAUUCACCGGUUGUUGCUUAAAGUGCUGGUUUCUUGUUGGAAGAAAUCUGUAGGAGAAUCCAGCCAGUAUUUCUGUAUUUUUAGUGUUACAGUCUUGAACAAGAACUCCAAACAAGUAUAGGACCAACCACUGAAGUUUAGGCAGAAUUGUUGAAUGCUCUCUGCCAGACUUCAGGGAAUGAAGUUAUAUUAAUAGAUACAUUUGUGUCAUGCAAGGCAGCUGCAUGGAUGUCCCGUUUUGGCUCUGGGAUACAAAUGCAGUAAUCUCUGGUGACUUUUGUUUGACAUUUCAAUGUGUGUGCAAUAGUCUCUUGUCACCACUCACUCCAGUGCAUUUAUUAACAGUGGAGCACCUUGGCAGGGAGGGACUGCCACACAGACAUGCAUGUGCUGUGUUCUCUCCUGCAAGUUGGUUUUCAACAAACUGUUGUAAUCAGUUUUCAUUACACCCAUUGCUAUAUGGGUUUGAGACAAGUAAUUUGUAGCCCUCUUUAGGAGCAAUAUACUGAGAUUAAUAUAAUGAAAGAAUAGACCAGUUUGUCGGUAAUUCAAAGUUUUGUCAUCAGUACUACAUUUAAUACUGUCUAAUUCAUCACUUCCAACCCAGAGCUUUAUCUUAAGUUGACUACCAUCAUGGUUGGUGGUGACCUAGUAUUAUAUGUAUAUUGCUGUGAUUACGGUUAACCUAGUAUGUGUAGUAGGCUUGGAGCUGAGCCAUGCUGGUUAUGUUCUUCUCAAGGACCACUGCCCUCACAAAGACCAUAUGAGGGCAGGCUCAUGAGUUAGUGGAGACCUCAACUGACCCAGAUUUGCAACCCUUGGGAUUAUUAUUAUUAUUAUUAUUAUUAUUAUUAUUUUUUUUUUUAAUUUUUUUUUUUUUUUUUUUAGCACCCCUAGUGUUGGGCUGGCCACAGAUGUCUAUAGUUGUACAUUAUUAAAAAUACUGGUUUGAGUUUUUAAGUAUAAGAUUAGAACUUGGUGUUAUGAGGCACUUCAGUGGGCAGUACAAAUUAGUGUUUGUGCAAUAUCUUCUUAGUGACACUUUGUUGUGUUGUCUCAACAGGAUGAGCUGAAGUUUUAGCUGCAAGCUGAAAGGUCUAUCAUUUAAAGUAUGUGAGGCAGAAAUGCUGUUUGAACACCUGACUUGUGAAGUUUAUCAAUCCCAGAAAUUUGUAGUUUGUUAUUUGAGAAGUUUGUUUGAAUUUUAAAAACUUGAAUGUGUUAAUCUAUUAUGUGCCAAUGGUUUGUGUAUUCAGCAGGUCCAAUACAAAUUUCAGUGCAAAGUGAGAACAAUACUUGUUAAGCCCAUGCUUGUAAGUCUUCUCGGCAUCCAUUGGCGUCUGUCCCUGUACCAAGCUUGGAACGCAUACAUAACCACUGUAUUUUUGUAUACGUCCAGUGAACCACUUAAGUUCUGUAUGGUGAGCCUUGUCCUUGGCUCACUGGCCAAGUCAAUAAUACCUUCAUGGUAUCAGAAACACUUUCUUUUGGAAAAAGGUGCAGCAGCCACACCCAUUUGUUCACUUGGCUUGGCUUGUGGCUCCUCAUUAUUCAGUCCCUUGGUCCUUGUUGCGGUGGUCCCCUCGUGUUGGGAGGCCCACCCGUAUAUGUAAUUUGUUUUCAGUCUUCCUAGAAGCUCAUAAUAAUUGUAUUUAUUAUGCUAAAAAGAAUCUUGCAACAGGUUUUGCUUCAUUCAAGCAUUUGGUUUUGUGAGAGUUGCAGCAAUUUAUUGGUGCAGAAUCACAAUCAAGUACUUGGUUGACAAGGUGGGACAGAUUUUUACAGGACGGCUUAAGAGAUAUUUUCUCAGGUAAAUACCAAGCAGUUAUAAUGUUUUCCUUUUAAAUUUCUGUACAUAUUAUAUUUACUCAUCUUCACUGUGACCUUCGGGAGGCUGAGUGAGAGGACCAAAGUAUUCACUAGGUUUCAUCAGCCGUUGUGCUGGAUUGCGGCCGUGAGGGAGGCGGUGCAUUGCCGCAGUGUCUGUGGACCAUCUCUUGCCUGUGCUGUGUCUCCGGUGGUGCGGCUGUGGCGGUGGCCACUGCUGAGCCACCAGCCGAGAGUAUUAUUCGACCUUUAAGGUUGUGUGUGUUCACAGUUUGCCACAUUGUGAAGUGCAUUGUGCUCCAUAAUAAUCAUGUAUGACUAUUCAGAAGAAUGUUUAGUUUUUUGGCAUUUAACAUAUUUUGACUAGUGUAUUUUCAUAUACUUUUGUAUUGACAUGCGGUCUGGCUUUUGCCAUCCGUGUUUUAUACAACACUGGGUGGUGACUCGAGUCUGGAGUCAAGCAGAGGUAGCUCAACACUUUUGCUAUCGAGAGCAUCUUGUUGCCCCAUCAUGGUGGACAACAGUGCACUUGACUGUAGUGGUGUUGGUUGUAGCUGUGCCAACACCAACCUUGUGUGAACAUUUUAUUGUGCAUAAUAUGUUAUGGUUUGUUUAGCAUGAGCAGCACAUUUCUACAAUCUGAACGAAGCUGACACAGUUCUCUUUGAGUUCACACGAGUUGCUACACACUGUCAACAUUUAGAUGAGGUGGACCAAGACUCAGCGAGGCCGCGUCUUCAUGAGUCAGUGCUGUGCCUCACACACAGUUUCUCAACAUAAGCACACUUGUCUGCUUAGUGAUCAACAGUUCCAUGAAGACUUAGCAUUAAUUUGCUUUUGUUGGUAGAUUAUUUGAAUCAUAUAUCAAUGGCUUUACAAUACUGAAAUUGUGCAUUUAAACAAAUAAAGAUGACUUUAAUA